AUGCUGGAAGAGGAGGAUGUUUACAGCCCCACAAAACCAAUUUUGUCUUCAGCUCCAGAUCGUCAUGAUAUUUACCAUAUUAAAAUGCCUACUGGAGAGAGUAACUCAAAGAGAGCUAAAAAUAUUUUGGAAGUGCAUAAUAAUUUGAGAGAACAAGGUGUGACAGGCGUUCGCCGUUCUGGAAUGGAAUUACAUUCGGUCUCGUCUCAUUCUAAACCAAUACAAAAGCAAUCACCACUUAAACCGAAGCCUACAGCUGCUCUUGUUGUUCAGGACACGGAUAUUACUUCUUCAACAGCAGCAGGUUGGCUGCCAACACGUUCCUUACGGAGUGAUGCAAUUUCUACAAAAACAAUGGUCGUAAAAGAUGCUUCAAGUACAUUACUUGGACGUGGAAUGAGUGGAAUGGUCGCAAAUCGGACAACCCCUUCAAAAUUAACUGGGAAUAAAAUCCCUGUCCGAGUGAAUUUGGGAGACGAAAUAGCUGCGGCUUUGAGGGCGCCAUUGCGCAGUCCAAUUAAAAGAGCAACUGUCCGUUAUGAGGAGGAUGAUGGAAUGUUUGAUAUUGGAGCACAUGAAGAUUAUUUGGAGGAAGAAGGUCUUUUUGAUGUUGUUCCUGCUGCUAGAAAGAUUCCUAAACUUGUUGAGCAACAACGGACUCCAAUCUCUGAACGUAUUCAACUUGUUCGGAAACGUGAAGGACGUCCAAUAAUAACUUUGGAUGGACGUAAACUAACAUUGUCUGGAGGUGGAGGAAGAAAACAACUAAAUAUUGGAGGUAAAGGAGUGAUGAAAAAAGGAAAAGGAGGAGGAAGAGGACUUUCAAUUUUGGAACGAAUUUCGUUUUAG